AUGGCGGCUCGUGGCAUUGGGCUGUUGACCCGUUUGCCCCUGUGUGCUCAGAGAGGCCAUGUCCAGCGACCUAGGCACAGAUUUCUCUGUUGCCCAGGAACUGCGGUCGCCGACGUCAGUAGAGAAGAGCAGCCCUCGGGGACCGUGGAGACAGGCUCUGAAGACAGGACUCCCUCAAAAAGAUUCUCUGAGGUGCAAAAAGAAAGGCAAGAACAAGCACAGAGGACUGUUUUAAUUCAUUGCCCCAAUAAAAUCAGUGAAAAGAAGUUUCUCAAAUAUUUAUCCCAACAUGGAACUAUUAAUAAUCAUUUCUUCUAUGAAAGCUUUGGUCUUUAUGCAGUUGUAGAAUUUUGUCAAAAGGAAAGUGUAGCUUCACUGCAGAAUGUAGCUCGAACGCCAAGCGUGGGCACCGAGGCCACAAUUCCAUUCAAAUCACGUUUCUUCAAUUUAAAGUUGAAGAAUUCAAGCCAGACUAUUGAACAGUCAAGUAUACAAUGCAGUAAUCAGUCUCCUCCUUCAAGCAAGAAGCUUUUUGAAUUACUUCGUUGUGCAGAGAGUAUAGAUGAUCAGCUGAACACACUUUUGAAGGAAUUCCAGCUCACAGAGGAGAACACCAAGCUCCGAUACCUCACCUGUUCUCUUAUUGAAGAUUUAGCAGCUGCAUAUUUUCCUGACUGUGUUAUCAAACCCUUUGGCUCUUCAGUGAACGGUUUUGGGAAAUUAGGAUGUGAUUUGGAUAUGUUUUUGGAUCUAGAGGAAAUUGGAAAAUCAAAUCCUCACAAGAUCUCAGGAAAUUUUCUGAUAGAAUAUCAGGUGAAAAAUGUUCCUUCAGACAGAAUUGCAACCCAGAAGAUCUUAUCUGUGAUUGGGGAGUGCCUUGACCACUUUGGCCCUGGCUGUGUGGGCGUGCAAAAAAUAUUAAAUGCUCGGUGUCCACUUGUGAGGUUCUCACACCAAGCUUCUGGAUUUCAGUGUGAUUUGACUACUAAUAACAGGAUUGCCUUGAAAAGUUCUGAACUCCUAUAUCUAUAUGGUGCCCUGGACUCACGAGUGAGAGCCUUGGUGUUCAGUAUUAGAUGUUGGGCUCGAGCACAUUCCUUAACGAGUAGUAUUCCUGGAGCUUGGAUUACAAAUUUCUCUCUUACAAUGAUGGUCAUUUUUUUUCUCCAGAGGAGAUCACCCCCUAUUCUUCCAACACUAGACUACCUAAAAACCCUAGCAGAUGCAGAAGAUAAAUGUAUAAUAGAAGGCCACAACUGUACCUUUGUUUGUGAUGUGGAUAGAAUUAAACCUUCAAGAAACACAGAAACACUAGAAUUACUACUAAAAGAAUUUUUUGAGUAUUUUGGAAAUUUUGCUUUCAAUAAAAAUUCCAUAAAUAUUAGACAGGGAAAGGAACAAAACAAACCUGAAUCUUCUCCUUUGCACAUUCAGAAUCCUUUUGAAACUUCUCUUAAUAUCAGCAAAAAUGUAAGUCAAAGCCAGCUGCAGAAAUUUGUAGAUCUGGCCAGAGAAAGUGCCUGGAUUUUACAUCAGGAAGAUAAAGAUCGUCCUUCCCCAUCAAGCAAUCAGCCCUGGGGUCUGGCAGCCUUGCUGCUACCUUCUGUAGCAAAUAAUAUGUCUUUUGCUAAGAAGAAAAAGAAGAAGCCUGCAAGUGAAAGAAUUAAAAACUUGUUGGAAUCCAUAAAAGGUAGUAACAGUAUAGAAAACUCCACACACCCCAGUGGGAAAAGAACAGUUAGUACUCGGGCUUAAUCAGACUACUUCUUUGCUUUAACUGGUUUUAUCCUUCUAUGAAGAACUGAUCUGAAACUUUGAUAUAUCUGAUUUCAUUUUUAAUGAUCUUAUCAGUGGACCUCUUUACCUGGUUCAGAGUUCUGGGAUAUUUUUGGUCUCAUCAGUGUUAUAACCAGUGGUAGCUUAUUAAAAUGGCAACUGCAAGAAACAAGUAAAAGAUUGGAAUGUACUUUGAAUAGAUAAUCUACAGUGAAUGGUAAAAAUCAGUUUUAGAAUCAAACCAUUAUUGAUACACAUUAGUUCCUGAGUGGAAAGCAUUUAAAAAGACUUCUGGUUAUGUACCUAAACAGGCAACAACUGCAAUAAAGCUUCAAAAUGUGGUAGUGUUCUUUAAUAUGUAUUUUUAUAUAUGCAAACAGCGUACUGAUUCACAUAUUAAUUAAAAGAGGCUGCUACUGAUUUCCAAAAAUGUUAAUAUUUUUAAAAGGUAUGAAGAUACUUCUGUCACUAUGUCUAGGUAUUGUAAGCUGUAGAUACAUGUUGUAUUUCAAAGUAUUCAGUUACUUUUUUAUUUUAAAAAAUAAACCCUGUUUCUGCUAAAAUCCAGUAUUCCCCAUUAUCUCUCAUCUCUUUUGGUAGUUCUCUUCUCUGGAUAGGAAAUAUUGAGAUAUGAGUUCCUUUACGUUCCCUAUGGAGUCACUUUCAGUUUAUGAAGUAAAUAGCAUAGAGCUUGAAAACACAGACAUGAGCCAGACUCUUCUCAUGGUAAGUCAUUCAGUCUCUCUGGCCUUGGUUGUGUCAGCUCUGAAAUGGGGAUUAUAAUAGUGCCUACUUCACCAGGUUGUUGUAGAGUUAAGUGAGGUAUGUGGGAAAGUGCCGGUAGUCCAAGAGUCUGGCACACAGUGCAUAUAGUGCAUUGGUAUAAUUCCUGAAGUUAGUGCACAUUUUAGGAAGACAGGGUAUAACUUUGCCUUAUUCACAACUUUUUAAAGACAAGAGAAGAGUUCUAGAGUGACUUUUUCCUGCUGUGAUUUACCACUUAGCUCUUCUUCCUUUUACUGUAGGACUACUGACAGGUGAAAGCAGAAUCAGAUUAUUGAAAGUCAUUUUAUUUUUCUAGAAAUUCUUUGGCCUUAAAAUGGCUGUGUUUAAGUCCUUACAGCUUACUGGGUGGUAUAGUGAGGAAAGGCAACCUUUGCAUGUGUAACUUAAACCAAUAGAGUGACCAUCUGCAGAUAAGACAACCACGCAAUCAAACAGGAGCAGCUUGUCCAGGUAGCAGCUCUCCAGAGUUUGACAUUCCAUUGGUGAAUAGCUGUGUUUGUGUCUCAACUUAGUCUUUCAGGAAAGAGAACAGUCAAAAUGUUAUAGAAGGGAAAAACCAUUUCUGGCUGAGGAAAUCAGAAAAAGCUUCGUGGAAUAUUAUAGGGUAGGCCUUGAAGGAAUAGUGGGUAGACAGCGGGGCACAGACUUUGUCAUUCUGGGGAAAGCACAGUGGGAAAUAGCUUGUUUGUAUACCUUGCAGGUUAUCCAGACUGGCUGGGAUUUUGUUUUUUAUUGUGAUAUGCAGGAGAGUCAAGGUUCAGUGUAAUUGGGAAGGACUGCCAGUGGCAAGUUAAAUAUAUUUUCAGUGGUAAACCAUUGAAUAUUUUUUGUAAAAGUGAACUUGUUAAAAUUAAAACUGCUUUUAGGUGAUUUAUUGAGACCAACUAGUUUUGGUUCACUACUCUUAAUUUUAAAUGCAUUUGAGUAGUAUAGGUCCUAGCAUUAAGGUAGUUUAAAUUUGGCUGUGAAAUUUUCUACAACGUCCCAGAAACUGACUCUCCUGUACCUUAGAAGUUUUUGUUUUUUAAGAUUUAUUUAUUUAUGCAUACAGACAUGGGGUACAGGCCG